AUGCCCAACCUUCGAAGUGUUGCCAUUCCGUCCAUCCUGGCGAUUCUUGAGUUCUCUAAUGCUCAAGAGACUGUCGGAUUUGGGCCUGCUUUCUCUCUUGGACCUGUUUCCUCUUCAUCCUGGAUUCGGGAGUCUGUCACAACUUUGGUUUUACCGGUGAUUCCUUCUCCCAGCGCGGAUCGCCUGGCUUUAUGGCCGGGCAUGGGUACCAGCGGUGGUGAUCUCAUUCAAGCCUUGGCUGUUUCAUUCGCUGAUCCCAACGCAAACUGUGGUGCCAAGGUUGGGCAGUGGUGUACUUGGGCUAGUACUCUGAAAGGCGAACAACUUGGUGGCAAGCAAGUCCCAGCAAAUCCAGGCGAUAAAUUGACGAUGCACUACAAAUACAACGACAGCACUGGAAAAUAUGACCAAUCGGUUGCAAUCAACGGUUCAAUCGUCUCCACUCUCUCAACUGAUGAUGGUCAUGCUCAGGGCUGGGGCACUGCUGUCGAGUGUCAAGAUGAUGCUUGCAAGAGCUCGGUCGCAGCGCAUCAGUAUCUGUCGACCAAAAUUAUUUUGGACUCUGCCGACGCGUCCUUUGGCGACACCCUCGUUCUCACUGAAGCUAGCUCUAGUGGCUUGAAGACAACUGAUGGUGGCAAGACUUGGGCCGUUUCGACAAUUAGCAUCAAUUCCCACACGUUCAAAUAA